AGUUCAGUAUUCAAUUCAUGGCCAUUAACACAAAGAAACGAGAGCAAGGAGAGCAUGUUUGUGAGCUUGCUUGUCAAUCAGGGUGUAUGAACGCGUCAAGGUGAUCACCAGUGAACCAGCAAUUUUCGUCAAAUCGUCAGUAGCCAGUACGAAAAGAAUGUCAUAUAGACUGACAUACUUUUUCUAAAUUUUUUUAAAACUUAUUUUAUAGAGAUUGAUUCGGAGUUUGAUUCCGAUUCAGCAUCAACAAGUUGAUGACUUUAAUUUAGUUUUGGUUAGACUUUGGACUAAGCAUUAGGCAUUUGGAAUAGGGUGGUUUCAAAGAAGAAAGAAAAAUCUUAUUAGUUCCGGUUCAUGGGUUUCCUCACGAGGACGAAGCAGGUUAAACUUCCCGUUUAACUUACAUCAACAGGAAUCUCUUGGGGCCGACUGCACGUUCUUUUUCUUGGCCCUGGGAACAUAUUUGCAACGCUGUGCAGCGAUUAUCGAUUCCAGUGGGUGAUCAAUUCGUCAAUUGCAGACUACAAAUCGUCUGCUCAUCGCUGUCCUUUUCCCCACGUUUGUCACCGUCUUUCAGAGUUUCAUCUUCUACUUUCAACUUGGUGAAGAAUGGGAAGCAAAAUGGAUAAUGAAAUGGGGAUGUCAAUUUUGAGCUCAAUUCUUCACCGCAUGUCCUACCCUAACAUGGUGGUUUCCAAGGAAGAUGGCUUUUCCGAAACCAUUGACGUCAAAGACCUCCACAGUUUGUUGCUGAAAGGAUGCCAAAGAAAUCAGAGAAUCCCUCAAAGCUCAAAUCUCACUCUGGUGGAGCGUGAAUGUUCAGAAGGAAUCGUUAUCCAAGUGAAAACAUUGACUGGCAAAACCAUAAACAUCAAUAUAAAGGUCACAGCAUGUGCCAGAGAUGUGAAGAAAAAAAUUCGGUCCAAGGAAGGUAUUCCCCUUGACCAACAGCGCUUGAUUUUUGCAGGCAGACAACUGUUGGAUGAAGAAAUAUUAGAUCAUGUCGGAAUCAAGAAUGACAGCACUUUACAUCUUAUUCUCAGACUUCGUGGAGGAGGACCAGGAAUUCUACUGUCUGCCGAUGGAUUAUUGGAUGAAAGGUUCCAUUUUGAUUUCACCUCAGUUGUCGACAAAAAGGCAUACAGCCGAGGUGGACUGAUCUACAUUCGUCCAUGCGGAUGGAAACGUUUCGCCUUGAAAGUCGGCGGCAAGUACAAGGACAACACCUGGCUGCUGGGCAAAGGCAAACGACCCGAUCCUUUCUCAUCUGCCGAAGAAGAAUGGCCCGUCUCGUACCAUGGAACGUCGUACAACAACGGCCUGUCCAUCGCCGAGGAAGGAUACAGAUUGAGCCAGUGCAAGCGAUUCAAACACGGAUUCGGCAUUUAUUCGACUCCCGAAAUUGAUGUGGCGUUCAAGUACGCCGAAACGAGGAAACAAGCAGAUGGAAAAACGUACAAGGUCGUCAUCCAAAAUCGCGUCAACCCCAAGACGUUGAUCAAAAUCGACAAAGUUGAGACCAAAGUCGGUGAAUAUUGGAUCUCGCCGAGCGAAGAAGAUAUUCGUCCCUACGGUUUCUGCACUCGAGAAUGUUGAAUUUCAAUUUGGUUUUAAUUAAUUGAUUUUUUUGUUGGAGCACCAACGUCUUUUGUAACCUAGACUUUUAAACUAAGAACAAAACGAUGUUUCCGUUUUCUUA